GUCGACGCCGGCGUGACCGUGCUGCUGACCUCCGACAAGCGCCUGGCACGUCCACCCAUCCGGCAACCCGCAGGAGAUAGCCGCACUAAUGCCCUCUUCUCUUAGAUUGAAUUCCCUUCCAUUCUCCUCCCUCCCGACAUCACUUCCGGCUCCAUUGUCGACAUCAAUGUCGCGCGCAACAAGGACUCCGAGUUGGCUGCCGAGCGCUCGUUCAGACAGCUCCAAGACCGGAUCCUCGCGUCCUUCGGCGCCGCCGAGCCAUCCCCUCCCGUCCUCCGAUGCCGCAACGCGACGCAGACGAGCGUGGUGCUCGAGUGGGACCCCAUCCAGCUCGCCACGGCCGACCUGAUCAGCCUCGCGCUGUACCGCAACGGCCAGAAGGCAGGGAACAUCCCCAAGCCGCUCUCGAUGCAUACUACCAAGAUCAGUGGUCUUGCCGUCGACACCGAGUACACGUUCCACCUCGUGCUGCGCACCACGGCUGGGACCUAUUCGAGCCCGCGCGUCACGGUUCGCACCCACAAGAUGACGGACUUGAGCGGCAUCACUAUCACGACGGGCAUCUUGCCCCCGGCUGUGCGCGAGGGCUUGACGGCAGCGGUCGAGCGCAUCGGUGCUAAGAUUGUCGACGGCGUGCGCAUUGAUACGACGCAUUUCGUGACGACGGAAGGGCGUGGCGUGCAGUGGGAAAAGGCAAACGAGCUUAAUAUCCCCGUCGUCCGGCCCGAGUGGGUCGAGGCGUGCGAGAGGAAUGGCCGCAUCCUGGGCGUGACGAAAUUUUACUUGGAUGCGGUCAGGGUCGGGCCGAUGUUCGAUGAAAGGCCCGGCACAGGUGGCACUGCCGGCACAACUACUGCUUCCCCAGCAUCUGCGCCCGCGCCGCCGCCGCCGCCGCCAGAAAAGGACACGCCUCAGAACCAGGCUAGCUCGAGCAGCCAGCCGCCUCAGCCCGCUCCCGAAGCCGUGCCAAAGAAGGAGGAAGGAGGGGGCGCCGAAUCAGACUCGAGCGAUGACGCAGAGGACGAGGAGGCGAAGGUGCCACCCAGCGGGCAGGAUGAACAGAAAGUGUUGGCAGAUGAACGGAAUCAAAAGCGGCUGGCCGCGCGGCCGAAGCCAACGGUUGAAGAUGACGGCGAGACGGCAGAGGACAAGGCCGCCAGUGAGGACGAGAAAGGAAGAAAAUCGCCGGGUGAUGGGUCAUCCUUCCAAGAUGUGGCUCUCUGAGCGUAGACACAGUAUUCAAUGAAAGGUUGAGGAUACCCGGAGUCAAACCAUGUAAUAAACACUUGUUAUGCCCUGGAUCGCCCAGCCCAAUCUGCAUGACGAGACAUGUAAGUCACAAGAGAGCAGAGCGCUGAGCGGCCAUGGCCGAGAGACGCGGUCAGGACAUACCUAGAUGAGAACGUGCGGGCGAAGGCGGCGUCGA